AUGGAAAAUCAAAUAGAAUUUAUUACGCGAGAACAUUCUGCGAGAUUGAAAAAACAGCUAAAUGCAAAUAUAACACGAAUGAAUGAAGUGAAAGAGAAACAUAAAAAGUGAGUGUUUUCCUGAUUUUAUUUUUAGUUAACUAAAAAAAUCAAUGAUUUUGCAGACUUGAAGAUGAAAUAUUUCGAUUGAGGUUAGAAAAUUUAAAACACGAAGAAGGACAGAAUGAAAUUAUACAAUCGGAAGGGAUUUUUGGAUCUGGCAAAGUAUCUUUGGCCUGUGGUGAACAUGAUCGGAUUCAAAACCAAACUAGAAUUAGUGGAGAAAUCGAGAAUGCACAAAAAUGUGCAAGCACUUCUAUUGAUGUGAGUUUUGUUGGUAUUAGCCAGGCCUGAGCCGGAAAAUCAAAAAGAAAUUUGAAAAAUUGAAAAAAAAAACAUUUUAAAAAUUUUUUUAAAAACUAUAAACUGAGAAAAACAAAAAUUUCCUAAAAUUUAGGAAAUAUUUAAGCUAUUCCUACUAAAGAUCAUUUUCCGGAGCAAAAAUGAAAAUUAUAAGAAAAAUUUUGAAAAAAAUGAUUUUGACGUGAGCCGUGAAAUUUUAAUUUCUGAAAAAAAAAAUCAUACUUAUUUGGAUAUUUUUGCAGGAACAAAGUGAUUCUCAAUCAACAAAUCCAGAAGUUGAUAUUGAUCGAUCACAAGAAAUUGAUGAUGAAAAAGAAGAUAUUUGUAUUGGAAUAAUAUCAGAUCCAUUUGGACAACAAAACGAAACACCGCCACAAUUUGUUGUUAGUUGUGGUUUAGAAGAUGUAUUGGGUUUUGAUCCAUUUGUUGAAUCGGCUAAAGGAUUGUUGGAUUUGAUGAGAGAGGAAAGUGAGAAUUUGCCGAGUUUCACCGCGUUUGGCGGAGCAUUGUUUGAGUUGCAGCUACAAUUGGUUGCAGCCUCAUCAUUUCCAGCAUAUUCUCUGUUUUCAAAUGAAUAUUUCUACGGAAAUCACGAAAAAAAUUAUGAAAACUGA